CAAGUGUUUCAUAGACGGCGACUAUGCGCAAUGGUGUCCUUGAGGUUGGCGAUAUCGGAGGAUCCAAUGUAGGUCAGCGUGACGCGUGACUUGAAUCAGCCGAAGCGUUCAUCCUCGUUCACCUUUCCCCAUCGUAGUCUUACCGCAGACUUCUACACAUGACCGUGGACGGUUCUCAGCCCUUCAUAUAUCCAGUCGUCUUGCCUCGCGCUCUACCGUCAUCUCUCUUUCACUGCCUCGCCCUCGCAUCCCAUGCUCGCAAUCCUCUGCAUCCGCUGGCUGCUCGCCAGCUUCGCUGUCCUGCUCUCCCUCUCCUACGCCAUCCACGCCUGCGAAGAGACGCUCAUUGGGUACUGUCACGCCGGACACGAGUGCAGCUCUACGGAGGCCAUACCCAUCAAGACCAACACUUCCCUGCACAAAGACAUUACCGUGCCUUGCUACUCUUUUUACGCAACCUGGUCAGAGGGUGGUUACCUAUGCCACUCGGCCGACUGCGGCCAGUGUGUGCCCUUGCUCGGAGCCAUGUGCACGGUCGGGGGGCAAUUUGUUCAGUAUUGCCCUUCUGGAUUCUAAGACGUGAGAGGGGACGGCUACUUCGAAGAUCGGCGUCACACUGCCUGACAGCUCUGAUGGGAGAACAAUACACAUGUUGCCCAUGUCAUGAUUUGCUAACGACGUGCGCUUCAUUGGUCGGGGGCGGCGGCCCGAGGCGUCGAUAUUGGUCCAGCCGAUGGCGGUAGCGCGUGAGCGGCCCGUGGUUACGAGAUGGCCGAAGAACGGCAUGAGAGUGAACCAUGACUGCCCUCAACUGACUUCCCUACAAGCUCAAGAGCGACACAGCUGCCUCCAGCUUUGCCUCUCUCCUCUUCACAUUCCACAAAAACGCGAUGCCCACCCUAGACCUUCCAAUCUUUGCUCGCCUUAGCCUUCUUGCCCUCACCUUCCUACUCACCCUCCUCCAUCCCCUCAAUGCGGAGAUGGUGGGAAAAUGCUACCGCCAGCCCUACUGUCGCGGUCUAGGCGCUCCAAUCGAGGCAGACGUGUCCAACGUCAUGCCCAUCUGGUC